UUCAUAAUCGAAACUCUAAAUUAAAAGUGUAAAUGGAUUUAAAUGAAGCCAGUAAUAUUGGUAUGAAACAAAUAGGACUGCUCCGCAGAUUAUAAAAAAUUAUAUUCUAGUAGAGACAGAAAAGGAUGAAUACGAAUAUUUCAAACGAAGCCUGCCAGAUGUUUUUGUGUUGCUUUCUGGAUUUCCAGAAAAAACUAAUGUGGUUCAGAUCUUAAAUUUUCUGAAGAAAGAUCUAGCGUUCUCGCCAGUAGAAGACGGUGUAUACGGCGUGUUAUUUUUGACCACACCUGAUGGAAACUCAACGGGGAAAGCGGUGGGGGCUGUUUUGUGUUUUAUUAAUCGGAUUUGCGACCGCCGUCGACAAAAGUAAAUUUAAAUCAUGCGACCAAAGUAGUUUUUGCAGGAGACUUCGAGGAACCAAACCAUCAGAUGUUAAUUAUGAACUGAAACUUGACACGCUCCAAGUCACGGACAACUCGAUCGAAGCAACUUUAACCAACUCCGAUGCAGGCGUAGAUUUUCAAUUUGUGCUGUCUGCCAUUGCUGGAAAUAUUUUUCGUGUUUUUAUUGAUGAGGUCAAGCCCCUUCACCCCAGAUACAGGGUUCAGUUUGCUCUGAAUGGGGAGCCACAACUUGCAAAAUUAGAGGUAUUGGAAAGGAGUGCUGAGAGUGUGACUAUCAAAUCAAAUGUCAAUAAAGCAGUAAUAACAGCUAAACCAUUCAAGCUUGAGUUUUACAUUGAAAAUGAUCUGGUUUCUGUUGUUAAUGGAAGGGGAUUAUUUAGUUUUGAACACUUGAGAACCAAAGCACCAGAGGGUGAGGGAGAAGAAGCACCAAAAGAAGAUCCAGGAGCAUGGGAAGAAAAUUUCCUGUCCCAUCAUGACAGCAAACCGAGGGGUCCUGAGGCCAUUGGUGUGGAUAUUUCCUUCCCUAAUGCCUUGAGGAUAUAUGGUUUGCCUGAUCAUGCAGACAGGCUAUCACUCAGAUCUACUGGACCAGGUGGACUUGAACCUUACAGAUUGUACAAUUUGGAUGUGUUUGAAUAUGAAGUUGACUCUACUAUGGCAAUUUAUGGCGCUGUGCCUGUUGUCUAUGCUCAUUCAAAUAAACAUACAGUUGGAGCAUUUUGGCAUAACUCUGCUGAAACCUGGGUAGACAUCAGCAACAGCAAAGACAGCAAUGUCAUGUCUUCUCUUGUGAACUUGGUAUCUGGUCAAAAGACUGAGACUAGAGUUGAUGCUCAUUUUAUGAGUGAAGCUGGUGUUUUUGAUCUGUUUAUUAUGAUGGGACCCACACCACAGAAGGUGGCCAGACAAUUCGCGUCUCUUACUGGGGUUGCACCCUUGCAACAAUAUUACACUUUGGGAUAUCAUCAGUCUAGGUGGAACUACAAUGAUCAAGAUGAUGUGGUCACAGUAGUUGAGAACUUUGAUAAAUCCGACUUUCCAGUUGAUUUCAUCUGGUUGGAUAUUGAAUACACAGAUGGCAAAAAAUACUUUACUUGGGACCCAAUCAAAUUUUCAAAUCCUGAGUCUAUGAUUAACAACCUUACCGCCACUGGUCGUAAACUCAUCGUAAUCAUCGAUCCUCACAUUAAGCGUGAAAGCGGUUACUUCUUGCAUGAAGAUGCCUUGAACAACGACUAUUAUGUCAAGACGAAAGACGGCAAUGUCUAUGAAGGUUGGUGUUGGCCAGGCUCUAGCAGUUACUUAGAUUUCUUUGACCCCAAAGUGCGCCAGUACUUCAAGGGUCUGUAUGCCUUCGACAAAUUUAAAGGCACUACCGACAACGUGUACCUGUGGAACGACAUGAACGAGCCUUCGGUCUUCAACGGCCCUGAGAUCACAAUGCCUAAGGAUUGCAUCCAUUAUGGCAACAUUGAACACAGAGCUCUUCACAACGAAUAUGCCAUGGCUUAUACCAGUUCAACCUAUGAGGCACUUCUGGCCCGUACGCCGUACAAAAGACCGUUUAUCUUGACCAGAGGACAUUUCGCCGGAUCACAAAGGUGGUCUGCUAUGUGGACUGGAGAUAAUGACGCCCACUGGUCACACUUGCUUAUGAGCUACCCAAUGUGUUUGGCUGUGGCGCUUGGAGGCAUGAGUAAUUGCGGUGCUGACAUCGGUGGUUUCUUCCGCAAUCCAGAUACGGAACUUCUCCAAAGGUGGUACCAGGCUGCUGUUUGGUUACCGUUCUUCCGUGCACACGCCCACAUCGACACUCGCCGCAGGGAACCCUAUCUGUUUGAUGCAGACAUUCAAAAUCGCAUUAGAAACUCUCUGCGUCUUAGAUACGCACAUAUGCCUCUAUUUUACACAUUGUUCUUUGAGCACGAAAUUUCUGGCGAUCCAGUUAUCAGACCGUUGUUCUAUGAAUAUCCGGAAGAUGAGAACGUCUUGGAUAUUGAUUUGGAGUUGAUGGUAGGAUCGUCUCUAUUAGCAAGUCCAGUAUUUGAAGCUGGUGCUUCCUCAGUAAAUGUCUAUUUACCUGGAGGAGCAUCGCAAUAUUGGUAUGAUAUUGAGGACUUUAAACAGUACAAGGGCACCGGCAAUGUUAAUAUUCCUGUUUCCUUAGACAAGAGUCCCGCUUUCUACAAAGGUGGUAGAAUUAUUCCACGCAAAGAUAGGCCAAGAAGAUCGUCCGCUCUCAUGCGUAACGACCCGUUCACACUUUAUGUAGCAUUGGAUGAAAAUCAAUCUGCUGAAGGAACCCUUUAUGUUGAUGAUUAUGAGAGCUUCGAGUACAAGAAUAAGCAAUAUCUGUAUAUUAGUUAUAAAUUUGAAAAGAAUAUUCUAACAGGAAACUUAAUUGACAAGACUGAUUAUCCAACAAAAGAAUGGAUUGAAAAAGUUGUUAUCUUAGGUCCACCAAGUGGAGUUAAGGGAGCUAUCCUCAAGAGCAAAAGCUUGGGAGAAGUAAAACUUGAGACAAGCUAUGAUGGCGAACAAAGAUCGCUUGUGAUAAGAAAACCUGGUGUUAGUUUAAGAGAACCAUUUAGUAUAAAAUUAUUGUAAAUUUUUAGAAUUAUAGUAGACGUUCAUUAAUUAUGUCCAAAGGUGUCCAGAUACAAAUAAUUUACUGGUCUUUUAUAUAGUUUUAGAUUAUAUGUGAACUGAUGAAUACUAUUUAAUUUAAAAAAAAUAUUAUACACCUUUUUUAGAUAAUUUUGUAGUUUGAUUUUCAUUUUUGAUUUCCUUUUUGUGUAGGUUCUGGUAUAAUUUAUUUAAUGUUCUAUUGUUAGUAAACUGCCAGAUGUUAUUCAAUUUUUGAACUAGUUUAGUAUUUAUUAAAUCGUUUUUAGAUGA